AUGUCGACGGUUUGGCAGAAUCAGUACCGCCGUUUAACGUCCUCGACAGCUUCUUCAUCCGCCAAGCGCUCGUCUUCAUCGGAGAAUUUGGGGAAAGCGGUGACUUCUGGGUUUCCACCGCAGCAUCAAAUGGCCAAGAAACGACCGGCUCUUGCUAAUGUCACCAACCAGAGGCCACAAGGGUUCACGGCGAAUAACCGGAACUCGUUUUCCGACUCAUCCAAAAUUGUACCAUGCACCACUAAAAUAGUCAGCAUCAAGAAGGGGGGCCCUGCUAGCAAUGCUCAUGGCAGCUUCUCCAUGACUAGUGAGCCUGCAACCUCCUUUGUGAAACCAAGUGUAGUUGCUUCCAGUAAGAAUGUGUUUCCUCAGAGAACCGGCACAUUGGUUGCAGCUCUUGCACCUAGCAGAAUGGAUGUAUCUCCAACUCAGUCUGAUGGUUUUACUGUUUCCAUGGAUGACUCAAUGUCAACUUGUGAUUCGUUGAAGAGUCCAGAAGUCGAGUAUUUGGAUAAUAAUGAGAUAGUGAAUUCCAUAGAGAAAAAGACCGCCUACAAAUUAUGCAUCUCCGAAAAUGUUGAAACACCAGGGAUUGUAUGCAAAAGAGACAUCCUCACCAACAUGGUGUUGGGUGAUGACAUCAUUGAUGUUGAUGGCAAUCUCAUGGACCCACAGUCAUGUGCAACCAUAGCUUGUGACAUCUACAAGCACCUGAGAGCAUCAGAGAUGAAGAAAAGGCCAUCAACCGACUUCAUGGAAAGGGUCCAGAAAGACAUAAAUGCCAACAUGCGUGCAAUACUUAUAGACUGGCUUGUGGAGGUUGCUGAGGAGUACAGGCUAGUUCCAGAGACUUUGUAUCUAACUGUUAACUACAUCGAUCGGUAUCUUUCUGGCAAUGUGAUGGAUAGACAAAGAUUGCAGUUGCUGGGUGUAGCUUGCAUGAUGAUUGCCUCCAAAUAUGAAGAAAUUUGUGCUCCUCAAGUUGAAGAAUUCUGCUACAUAACUGAUAACACAUACUUUAAAGAUGAGGUUUUGGAAAUGGAAUCUGCUGUUCUCAAUUACCUAAAGUUUGAAAUGACUGCUCCUACAGUUAAAUGUUUCCUGAGGAGAUUUGUGCGUGCUGCUCAGGGAAUGGUAGUCCAUGAGGCUCAGUCAUUACAAUUGGAAUGCUUGGCUAACUACAUAGCGGAGCUAUCCCUUCUAGAGUAUUCCAUGCUCUGUUAUGCUCCAUCACUAAUUGCAGCUUCCACAAUUUUCUUGGCAAAAUACAUUCUUGCGCCAGCUAAUAGACCAUGGAAUUCCACGUUGCGGCAUUACACUCAAUACCAGCCCUCUGAUUUACACGAUUGUGUUAUGGCUCUACAUAACCUUUGCUGCAGUAGUUACAAUUCAAGUUUGCCCGCUGUCAGAGAGAAAUACAGUCAGCACAAGUAUAAAUUUGCCGCGAAGAAACACUGCCCUCCAUCCAUACCUCCUGAGUUCUUCCAACAUCAUUGCUUCAUGACCAAGAAGACCAGCUUUGAUAUGUUGAGCGCCAUCGAGCUGGCUUGCUCAUUGGUGGUAGUCGAUGGAAUUCCAAUGAUGCAGUUCGCCAAUAAGUUGAAAUCAGGACCUCUUGAAAGGGGUCUCAAGCUUCAACUGAUUAAAGACAUAGCUCAAGAGUGCGGUUUGGAAUGGGACAGGGAUUCAAAGAGUUUUGAGCAGAAGCUACACAAAAUUCCUCGUCCCUCGGCACCUGAAAUACAUGGUGCAAUCACUUCAGGGGAAGAUAACAAUGAAAAGGAACCUUUUUACUACAAAUCCAUCCCCUCCUUAUGUCAAAGCCAAAGCUGGCAUCAAGAAACUACAUCUGAUGCCCCUCCUAUUGACGCUAGAGCCAAAGUGCAGAAAGAUACACGCAAAACUGAUCAUCAAGAUGAAUUCGGAGGCAACCCUAAGCAAAAACCAAAAUCUGUUAGGAGGAGAAUCCCAAAACCAAGGCCAGGCAUAGAUAAGGUAGCUAAUUCUCAAACCAAUGGUUCAGAAAAUAAGACUUCAAAGGUUACAAGUCAACAUGAUGGUGAGGUAGGGGACCGGCAACAUUUGAAGAACUUAACUCGGAGAAAGCAUGAUGAAUGA